AUGACGAUUGAGCUAUGUGUAGAAAUUUGUCGUGCCAAAAAUAUGACUUACGCUCUGCUAUCUCCGUCAGUGUGUCGAUGUAAUGACACACUUCUGGUGAAUACUAUGAAAUCCUGUACAGCUAGAUGCGCCAACUCCAAGAUUCAAAUUUGUGGUGAUUUGCAAUCUAGUGUGUCCGUCUAUAAGAUAGAUGAAUAUCCAUUGUACAGCUCUUGUAAAACACUGUUUGAUGCUGGAAUAAGAAUACACGGCCAUUAUGUACUAAAAAGUGGCAUUCAGCAUUGUAAAUUCUAUGAUGGUUCUACUGAUUGUGAAGAGGGAUGGUUUGCAUUAAACGGAACCUGUUAUAGUGUUCUUUUAAACUCGACAACUGGCUAUGGAUACCAACCAAUUCUAGAAUGGCGGUCUGCAUGUGCACAACAAGGAGGUAGGCUGGCUACAAUCAACAACCAACAACAGCAUCAUUUCAUUGCGAAGGUUAUCAUGGGUUCAGAACGUCUAGUUAAGCCCGUGGUGUUGCUGGGAUAUUUUGAAUCGAUUUUGCUUGGAGCACCGGCAUGGACAUCUGGUUCAAUGUCAAAAUACAUGACGGAUACUGAUUUCUCCGGAGAUUCAUAUCGACAAAGAGUGCUGUUCCAGGACCAGGAGUAUUUAAACACUUUCAUCGGUACCUCGUCCGACACAACUCAGGCCUCAGCAGCUGUGUGUGAAACCGAAAAAGAUUUUAUCGGAGUGUUUCAGCAUCCUGCCAACUUAGAACCUUUAAUUCUUGGAUAUGGCAUUAUGACUUUAACUCAGUGCAAACAAGUCUGCUCUGGGGCAGAUCAGAAUUUUGCCAUGGUUGGCAGAAACACGUGCUGGUGUGGUAAUCAGACAGAUGUAGAUUUGCUUACCCCUGAUUCUUUGGGUGCCAGCAAUAGACUUUUGGGGAACAGUAAUGCCUUUUGCUUGGGAAACAAUAUCCAGCACUGCCCAGAUGCGGAUAAAGUUGAUGUUUAUAAUCUAGACAUAACAGACUGUGGUUCUGCUCCUAUGUUUUGGGGUUAUAGAGAACAUUGUUACAGAUUUGGAACAAUGUUAACAACCGGAGAGACAUUUGCCACUCAAUGCAUUGAAAAUGACAGCCUUCCAUUUCUUCCUGCAUUGAAUGAUGAACUCGUCUCUAUUCUAAAACGAAUAAUUCCAAUUUUUCAGUCAGACAUUCAUCUUUUUAUUGGAACGUCCAAUAGAUUGCACAACGAUCAUUACACAUCAAGUGAAGGGUUUUUUGUGAGAUCACAACCUGAUGUAACAUUUAAUGGUUCUAUGGGAUAUAUGACACUAAAUCUGGAUUCAUUUGCAUGGGAAGAGGUUUCGGGGAAACACUUUGGCAUAUGUAAAUCCCCAGUUAACGGAAGUGUUCGAUGUAUUGACAUAAACAGUUUAAAUGGAUCAUUACUCUUUGAACACCAAUAUAUAUAUCCGAUGACGUCAUCAAUAUGUACUCAACUUUGCCUCGGUAGAAGUGCUAGUUAUGGUGUUAUUCGUGAAAAAGGAUGUCGAUGUUAUACUAACUUGACCUAUGAGAACAAAUAUGGUGAAUGUAAGGCUUGUUCUGGUCACGAAACUCAAAUGUGUGGCGAUGACUCGAAAGAAAGUGGAGUCCUAGUUGAUUUAGACUUUUACAGAGAGGAAACCGUGCAGUCUUGUGAAGAACUUUAUUCUUAUGGUGUAAAUAUCCCUGGCCAAUAUUUUAUCCAAAGAAACAACACACAAUACUUUGUUACUUGUUUUGACCAAGACCCGUCACUAUCAGUUAUAACGGAUUAUUCCAUUGCUCCAUCUUCUACAGAAUCUGGUAUUUCAGAUGAAGGUUUUCGAAUCAAUGCGUAUGCUAACUACAGCAUAGAUCAUAGCUGGAGACCUGAAGAUUCCGACUCUGAACCAUACAUUAAGUUCACAUUUACAGAAGACUACAUCAUUACUGCUAUUCAGACACAAGGUGAUGUGCUAACAGAGUCCUGGGUGAGGUCAUAUAUAUUAAUGUACAAGAAUUUAGAGAAUGCAGAUAUAGUCGUUGCAAUCAAUGGCUCAACAAAUAUAUCUGGAAAUGUUGACAGAUACAGUCGCGUUAUACAAUUUUACUCCCAGCCAAUCAUAACACGAGAAUUAAGACUGUAUCCGCAAUCUUCUCAGCAGCGGGUUUCUCUCCGUGUAUCUUUAUAUGGACAACCUUUGUCACAGUUUAACCAUUCCACGAGAUAUUUGGGAUGCUUUUUGAAUGUGGAAGGAGACUUUGUUGUUCAGUCUUUAGUAUCUUCAGAUGAAGACUGCAGAGCCACUUGCAAGGCAUCAUAUUAUCAGUUUUAUUCCUUUUAUGAAAAUCAAGACUCUUCAAGACAUUGUUUUUGUGGAAAUUCUCUAUAUGUUUACGGAACAGUACAAGAGACUUGGUGUUUUCCCUUUACAAAAAGUCCAGCUCUGCCAGUUUACAGAACAUACGAUACACAUUGUGAAGGGAAGAUUGAGGAGCAAGCUUCUUUUGCCUCUUCUUAUCAUCCUCACACUGUCGACUUCUUCACUGUCACAUCUCAGCUACAAUUUGAAUGUAAUGCAGGAUAUGUUCUGAACAAUAACGCGACGUUAAAGACAGUAACGUGCCAGGAAUCCGGCGGUGAUUACUACUGGAAGGAUGACGUAGGAAAAUGCAUUGUAAAGAACUGCAGCUCACUGGAAGAACCAGGCACCGGAUAUUACUUGAGCACCAACAACGUAACAUUCGGUACCUUUGUCACCGUGUCUUGUAAUAAUAGUCUACACAUGGCAGACGGUUCUGGUUCCAAGACAGUGACCUGCCUCAGUACAGCACAGUGGAACGAUAGCAUUUCUCCAUGUUUAUAUAAUUAUUGUCCUUUAUUUCCGUCCUCGUUACCCAAUGGAGCUUAUGUUCUGAGCCCAGACGGACUUUCUGCGACGUUCACUUGUAACCAGUUCUACAGACUGUCCACUCUGUCGAAUCAAGAGACCAUUUCCUGUCAACAGAAUCAUAAGUGGGAAGCUUUCAAUUUUACCUGUGAAGUAAACGAUACAGCCGUGGUUUUCAGACAAGCAGAGUUUGAUCUGAUUGGACUAUACGAGAGACCGCGAAAUCCAGAUUCGGUUAUUACUGAUGAAGUGUCCUCCUCCAUCUUUAAAUGUACAGACAGAUGUGUUAAGACUAGACAUUGCACUGCUUACGCCUACAGUAUGGAGGGAAGGAUAUGCACUUUGUUCAAAAGCCGUGUUUCUAUCUCCGAUCUCAUUCCUACUUCAUCAUGGAAAUAUUUUGAACUUAAACUAUUUUUGAUGGAAUAACACGAACUAGACGUAAACUUAAUA